AUGAGCUCAACUCAUCUGCUUGGUCUGGCCGUCUUUCUGGGCGGCCUUUCGCUACUCGUCUAUCGUCUCAGCGGACUGGGCCGUAGACCCGGGGACUACCCGCCUGGGCCCCCUACGUUGCCAUUCAUCGGUAACCUCCUCCAGAUGCCGAAGGAGAAAGGUCACUUACAGUUCGAGAAGUGGGCAAAGCAGUACGGACCAAUAUACUCGCUCAUUCUGGGUACUCAAACACUCAUAGUCCUCUCGUCGGAACACGCCAUGAAAGACCUCCUGGAGAGAAGAGGGGCAAUCUACUCAUCAAGGCCGGAUUCUUACCUUGCCCACGACAUUCUGAGUGGAGGUCAUCGCGUAGUGCACAUGACAUACAACAAGUCCUUGAAACUCGCUCGGAAGCUUGCACGGAAAGUGUUGGACGAUAGUAUCAUCCAAAGCACAUUCCUAGCCUACCAGGAUCUCGAAAGCAGAGCGAUGCUUCUCGGAUUCUUGGAGACGCCUGAGCACUUCAGCAACCAUCUCAAGAGGUUCACUUGUUCCUUUACCACUCAGAUGGUAUUUGGCCAUCGUACCCCAGGUUCAGACGAUGCAUUCAUGAAAAAACUGUUCUAUCCAUGCGCCGCAGCCAUGUUCGCCGAGGUCCAAGAGAGUGAAGGAUUAUCCGAUGAUCGAAUGGGAUAUUUCGCCGGCUCACUUCUUCAGGCUGGGUCGGAGACAACGAUGGCCACCCUGUUGGGCUUUGUCCAGGCCAUGGUUAUCUUUCCCGAUGUCGCUCAGGCUGCCCAAGCUGAGAUAGACCGUGUGUGCGGAGACCGCCUCCCCUCUUUGGACGAUUGGGAGAGUCUAGCCUACGUCCGCGGGUGCAUCAAAGAAAGCCUUCGUUGGAUGCCUACCGCCAUUCUCGGUGUGCCGCAUAGCGUCGACGUGGAGGACAGAUAUAUGGGCUAUAGGUUCCCGAAAAAUGCAUCCGUUAUCUACAAUGUGUGGGCCAUCCAUAACGACCCCAAGAGGCAUCCGAAUCCGCGCAACUUCGAUCCCACCAGAUGGGCAGGCGAUAACCAGAAUUCCUACGAGUCUGCGCGGAACGAAGAUGUCACCCAGCGCGACCAUUAUGCCUUUGGGAUGGGGCGCCGCAUGUGCCUAGCGACGAAUCUCGUGGACCAGUUUCUCUUCCUGGCUAUCUCGCGUUUGCUCUGGUCUUUUGACUUCAAACGGGCAAUUGACGAAAAAACCAAGCAGGAGAUAAUUCCCGACAUGAACGAUCUGGCAAAAGGCUUGUUUACAAUGCCCAGCCCCUUCAAGGCCAACAUUUUGCCCCGAUACGGCGCAAGAGCUCAGCGCAUCCGGGAAGACUGGAGCAAUGCUUCAAAGGAACUAUUGGAUGAUGGUUCGCAGUGGAAGGAAAUCCCCGUGACGCCGUGGAAAGGGUGA